AUGCUGCAAGUCUCAUCCUCUCCGUUCGCUCCGGUCGACAUUCCGGACGUCGACCUCUGGACCUUUCUGUUCGAGCGUCCCGACCGGCCCUUUCCCGUGCACCACCCGCUUUUGACCGACGCGAUCACCGGUCGCAGCCUCAGCUUCCAGCAAGUGCGCCGUCGCGCCCUGCAUUUCGGCCACGGCCUGCAGACGCACUGGGACUGGCAACCCGGCGACGUGCUGGUGGUCUUCGCCCCGAACUCCAUCGACCUCCCGCCGUUGAUCUGGGGAACGCUCGCCGUCGGGGGCGUGGUGUGCCCCGUCAACUCCAGCUACCGCGCGGACGAGCUGCUGCAUCCGCUGCAGGACGCCCGCGCCCAGGCCAUCGUCACAACCAAGGCGCAAGCCAGCAUCGUCUACAAUGCCGUCGACCGGGCCGGACUGUCGCGCGACCGCGUCAUCCUCCUGGACGAGACAUCUCCGUCCCCGGCAUGGAUCGGGACCCAGGGCGAGGCUGUCCCCGACGCCCCGCACGACCCCUUGAUCCGGCGCCCGGCCCAGGAUCUGGCCUUCCUGGUGUACUCGUCCGGCACGACGGGGCUGCCCAAGGGCGUGAUGCUGUCGCAUCGCAACCUGGUCGCCAAUCUGCUGCAGAACGAGGCCGUCGACCAGGGCCAUCUGACCUGGCAGAAUGAUCGCGCCAUCGCCGUGUUGCCCUUCUUCCACAUCUACGGAAUCACCUACCUUCUCAACUACACCAUCUACACCGGCAUGACCAUCCACGUCAUGCCGCGCUUCCAACUGGCCGCCUUCUGCAACACCGUCCAGCGCGCCCGCAUCACCUACGCGUACGUCGUGCCCCCCGUCAUCCUGGAGCUGGUCUCCAACCCGGGGGUCGCCCAGUACGACCUGAGCUCGCUGCGGAUGGCGCUGUCCGCCGCGGCGCCCCUGGCGGUGGAACUGAUUCACGCCGCCCGCGACAAGCUGCGCCUCCCCGUGCGCCAAGCCUACGGCAUGAGCGAAUGUUCGCCUUGCACGCAUAUCCAGACCUUCCCCGAAGCAACCACCCACCCCGGCUCCGUCGGGCGGCUCAUGCCCAACCUAACCGCGCAAUACUCCCCCGUCGAAGGCGAGACCGGCCGCGCCGCCGAACUCUGGGUCCGCGGCCCCAACGUCUUCCCGGGCUACCUGAACAACGCCACCGCGACCACGGACUCCUUUUCCGACGACGGAUACUAUAAAACCGGCGAUGUCGGGUACGAGGACCCGCACGGCCACUUCUACAUCACCGAUCGCGUCAAGGAGUUGAUCAAGUAUAAUGGCUUUCAGGUCGCGCCGGCGGAGCUCGAGGCCGUCGCGUUGGCCCAUCCCCGCGUCAGGGAUGUCGCGGUCACGGGCGUGCCGAGUGGGAUGGCGGGGUCGGAGUUGCCGAGGGCUUGGGUUGUUGUUGGUGCGCCUGCAGAGGGUGAUGUUGGUGGAGGGAGGCUGGAAGAGGAUAUUGUGAGGUUUGUGGGGGAGAGGGUGAUCGGGUAUAAGAAGUUGAGAGGCGGCGUGAGGUUCGUGGAUAGUAUUCCGAGGAAUCCGUCGGGGAAGAUUCUGAGGAGGGAGUUGAAGAGGUUGGAUCGGGGGAGACUGUGAGGUUGUUGUUGUUGUUGUCUGGUGGUAUAUACUACAUGUU